CCCCAAAAUUCCUAAACCUCUCAUUUCUCUCUUCAAAUUUAGUAUUGAUCCGUAGGAAUUGCACGAAGUUGUUCAGUUUUCUUUUGUGCUAACAGAGUUAAGGUACUAUGGCCAGUCGACAACAGAAGGGUAAAGGUCAGGUCGGAUCAUCGUGGUCUACUAAGAAGAGGAGUCGUUCUGGGGCUAGUACUUCUAACCCCCCCCCCCCCUAAUUCCACAUGGGCAGCCACAGCUGUAUGGUAUGCGCGCAGUAUUCGAGUCAGGGAGAAAAUGGUAUUCCGCUCAUGAUGAAAACAAGUAUGUCGGAGAUCAGCACAUUAACCGGGAAAAUCUGCUAAAGGAAUUUCCCAGCAUGGUUCGCAGACUUGAGCAGUUGCAGAUGCAAUUCCUUUUUUACCAACCAUACGAGUGUAAUCUCAGGUUGGUCAGGGAAUUCUAUGCAAACUGGGACCCCUAUAAUGGGGAUUCCUCGGUGCAGAUCCGCGGACAAUUGGUCACCUUUACUCCUCACACUCUAAAUGUCCUCCUCGGGACACCUGACGCCGAUCCACAAAUACUCAAGGAGCUAUAUAUUCAGCCACCUUAUCGUCAGAUUCGCCAUUUUCUGUGUGGCAUGCAUUCUUCUGCACGAUGGAUUAGACAGCGGGGAACUGGAAUUCAUCAUUACUUUCCCUACAGUCACAUGAAUUGGGAGGCUCGAAUUUGGGCGAAGAUUAUUUAUACUUGUUUGCUGCAGUCCACGCAUAUGACUAAUGUAACCCACGACAGGGUUUGCCUGAUUUAUGCCCUCAUGCGAGAUGACAUAGAUCUGAAUAUCGGGAGCAUCAUUUUUACAGGUAUGAAUAAGGCCUGGUUGAAUCCGGAGCAUCGGUAUGGCUUUGGGGGCGUGAUUACUAGAUUCUUACGAAAUGAAGGGGUCCCAGAAGAAGAUGCUGAUUUUCGACCUCCUAUCAUCCUGAAGCCGCUUGCUAUCUCCCGAACAAAGGGAACUGAUGCUUAUGGACUGAAUUUGACUAUGCCCGAGCAGUUAAAUCGGAUAGAGGAGACUGUAGCUUAAACUUUUGGGUUGCAGAUGCUGCAGAUGCGGAUAGGGGGUCGGCCUGCCACUCAACAGGAGAUGCGGGCUGUCGAGUUAGACUAUCCUUUUGGCCCCUACACAAGAGCCAUGCUGCGACUCGAUCCAGAUUUUGAGGAUCCGGUGGAUGAUGAUGUUGCGACAGACACAGCACAGGCUGCCCUACUCUGAUGACGAGAUGGAUUCCGAUCAUGAUGAUGAUGCUGACCUUGACUCUGAUGACGGAGCCCAUGACUAGUGAGAGGAGAGCUGAUCCCCA